GAUGACGUAGUCCACAUCAAGGAUUUGCCAGGUGUAAAUUUCUUAUCGAAUUUUGUUUAAAAAAUUUAAAUAUCUCAUCGCAAUAUGUAUCAAUUAGCUUAGGACUAGCAUAAUCUAUAAAUCAUAAUUUGGUUCGAAAGAUUUAGACGGAUAUCAGAAUUCUGAGUGACUGCCUGUAGGAAAUAUAAACAGCUGAACUGUGCAGAAUUUUUUGCCACGGAAUUUUUUCAGAUUUGAAUCUGAAACUUUGUCUGCUUAUGAGCUAGUUAUUCACGAAUAAGGCAUUAUGUUGAACAGUCAUUGACCAAUAUAUUAUUGGUUUCAAAAUACAUUACAAUACGAUACAUUCAGAUAGCUGAUGUUCCAUUGAAAAAACCUCGACACUCUUCGUCUACAAAAUGAAGAAGUAUUUAGCGUUCUUGGGUGCGGGGAUGUUCUUUGUCGGGUGUUUCUCACUAUACUUGAUGUUAGAGAGUGCCAACAUGUCGGGUUCAAAAUUCCCAGAAAUGCCAGAGUACGAGAUGAACAGUAUCGAAAACAAAAUCAAACAAAUAGAAUCAGAUCUCCAACGGAAUCAUAAAACAAUAAAUCUCAUAAAAGAUGCUGUUCGUGACAUCGCGGAUGGCGAUUCAUCUAGUCUAAAUAAGCUAAAAGAUGUGAUAAAAACUGUAGAUAUAGGAUUUAAAAAUAAAGGUGAUGUUAUACAUAUGGGGCAGGGAGCUGGUGGUAAGAUAAACCAUCCAAUCAUUAAAAAAGAGGACAUUAAGAUCGCUCAGGGGAUGUGCACUUUAGCAGAUGCACCCGAAACAAAAACAGAUGUACAGAUGCUUGAUGCAUUUAAAAUUAUUCCAUUUGAUAACCCAGAUGGGGGUGUUUGGAAACAGGGGUACCCUAUAGACUAUAGUGUUCUUCAGUGGCAAGAUAAACCAUUAAAAGUGUUUGUAGUACCACAUUCUCAUACAGAUCCAGGAUGGAUCAAAACAUUUGAUAAAUAUUAUUCUGACCAAACUCGACACAUUCUUAAUAAUAUGGUUGAUAAGCUAGAAGCCGAUUCAACCAGAAAGUUUAUGUACGCAGAGAUAUCGUUCUUCUCUCUGUGGUGGAGUCAGAUCAAUGAGAAUACAAGAGAGAGAGUAAAAAAAUUAAUAUCAAAUGGUCAAUUUGAGAUCAUCACUGGUGGUUGGGUUAUGAAUGACGAAGCAACAACGCAUUACUUUGCCAUGAUUGACCAACUCAUAGAGGGCCACCAAUGGGUGGAAAAUCAGAUAGGUGUAAAACCAAAAAGUGGAUGGGCAAUCGACCCAUUUGGGCACACUCCCACUAUGGCAUAUUUGCUUAAAAAGAUGGGGCUUUCAAAUAUGCUGAUUCAGAGAGUCCAUUAUUCUGUUAAGAAGUACCUAGCCCAGCGUAAACAGUUAGAAUUUAUGUGGAGACAAAACUGGGACCAAAAUGGGGUAAAUGACAUGUUUUGCCAUAUGAUGCCUUUCUACAGUUAUGACGUCCCCCAUACGUGCGGUCCUGACCCAAAGAUCUGCUGUCAAUUUGAUUUCAAACGCCUCCCCGGGGGAAAAAUUAGCUGCCCCUGGAAAAUCCCCCCAGUGCCUAUCACCCCUGCUAAUGUAGCACAAAAAGCCGAGGUUUUAUUGGACCAAUGGCGAAAAAAGUCCAUGCUUUACCAAAAUAACGUUGUCCUAAUCCCACUUGGCGAUGAUUUCCGCUAUGACAAGCCAAUAGAAUGGGACCAACAAUUCGACAAUUAUAAGACUUUGUUUAAUUACAUGAACGGCAAGAAAGUGUGGAAUGUUCAGGCUCAAUUUGGGACAUUAUCCGACUAUUUUGCUGCCGUCCAUGAGAGGGCGGGGUCACAGAUGGGGGAGAGGGUGCCUGGGUACCCUACCCUAGGGGGUGACUUCUACACAUAUUCAGACAGAGAUGACCAUUACUGGAGUGGCUACUAUACCUCUAGGCCUUUCUACAAAAGCUUGGAUAGAACUAUGGAGUCUCAUUUGAGGUCUGCCGAGAUUAUAUUUUCAUAUGCUCUCGCUCAUGCACGGCACAACAAAGUCUCCUCCUUUCCUGAAGAGUCAAUGAUGAAAUCACUUGUCCAGGCACGUAGAAAUCUUGGCCUUUUUCAACAUCACGACGGCAUCACUGGAACUGCCAAAGAUUUUGUUGUUGUCGAUUAUGGUACAAAAUUAAUCAACUCAUUAAUGGACAUGAAGCGUUUAAUGGGUGAGAUGUCACAUUUCUUACUGACUGGAAACAAAGCACAGUACACAUAUGAGGAGUCCAGUCAAUACUUCGACAUCGACGAGAUGAGAGGAAGCCACGAUAGUCUGCCCGUCAAAACAGUAAUAGAUGUCACUACUGAAUCAACACCAAUAGCCUUCUAUAACUCACUGGCCCAAACACGUACUCAAAUUAUUAAAGUUUACGUAACAAGCCCACAUAUCAUUGUAAAAGACACGGGUGGCGUUGUCAUAGAUACUCAGGUGGACCUUUACUGGAAUAGCAACGAGGACAGUGCUAGUGACAUGUAUAAGGUCAGUUUUGUAGUAGUGGUACCAGCUGUAGGAAUAUCAAAAUACACAAUACAGAAAGUUGAUCCAGAUUCUAACCCUAGGAACUCAUUCUCUGAGACCACUCUCUAUACAACAGGGGGCGUGGCCUUCAGACCUGGAACGGGCAUCCUGAAAAGGGGUCCAUUCACCAUAAUUCCCAAAACUCAUGAAGACUUCAAUGUAGAAACAUCAUACAUGAGUGCUGGUUUCCAGGGUAACAAAGGCACACUCAAGUCAUUAAGUUAUGCUGACACCAAACAAACACAUAUGACAAAUAUACAAUUUGUGAAAUACGGAACAACAUCUGGAAAAGAGAAAAGUGGAGCAUACUUAUUUUUGCCCGAUGGCAACGCAAGGCCUAUAGAAUAUGACAAUCCAUUCAUUCGUGUAAUUCGUGGAAAACUGCUGACGGAGGUCCAUACAUUUAUACCAAAUGUAGAACAUAUAGUGCGCCUACACAACUCACCAGGUAUUGACAGUUCGGUGCUAGAUAUCUACAAUUUAGUUGACAUCAGACAACAGAGGAAUGUGGAAGUUGCCAUGAGGAUAAAAACUGACAUAGUAAAUAAAGAAAGAGAGUUUUACACAGAUCUCAAUGCAUUCCAAGUCCAAAGAAGGAAAACUUUGGAUAAACUGCCCAUCCAGGCCAACUAUUAUCCCAUGCCUGCCAUGGCGUUCAUACAAGACGCAAGGACCAGAUUCAGCAUUCUUAGUGCCCAGUCUCUGGGUGUUGCAAGUCUUAAUACAGGAGAGCUAGAGGUGAUGUUAGACCGUCGUCUAGGUCAGGAUGAUGGCCGAGGUCUCACCCAAGGGGUGCUUGAUAAUAAGAGAACCCCCAAUAGGUUUAGUUUUCUUAUGGAGCAACGAGAUCCUAAGUCAAAGGCUCCCAACAUGAUACCUGCGGGUUACCCCAGCCUAUUAUCCCAUCAGGCAUAUCUUCAGCUGACGCAUCCCAUAUAUGGCUUCCCGAAACAUGCGGGUGGCCCAUCUGGAGAUCUCUUGAAUACAUUCCAACCAAUGGAGAAAGAAAUGCCUUGUGAACUCCAUAUGCUCAAUCUUAGAACCAUGCAAAAUCCAGAGACUAUACCAGAGCUUCAGUUUAAGCCUAAAGAGACAUCUGCCCUCCUGGUUCACAGACUUGGGUUUGACUGCAAUUAUCCUGCCAAGGGCCUUAAAUGUUCCACAAAUGAGGGGAAGUUUACCAUAGCUGAUAUUUUCCGUGGUUUAGAUCUUAAAGACGUGACGGGAACAUCCCUUUCUUUGAUGUUCGAUGAAAAUGCUAUCUCUCCCAGUUCACAACUACAAAUUGCACCAAUGGAAAUCAACACAUAUAAAUUAAAAAUACGGUGACAAAAUUGACAAAUUCAAAAGUAUGUAGCAGCAGGUAGUUUAUCUAAGGAUGUAAAACGCACCAAUAGAAGACAUCAAAAUAUCUGAUAGCAAAAGGAGGGACUUAGCUAGAACAAUACAUCGUGUAAAAUACUCUUGACAGUCUCAUCAAUCUGAAAUGAAUGAAUCAAAAUUAUAUCUUUCCAAUAAAGCCUGCCAUUGUAAACAUUGAUACCAAUGGUUGCCAUACCGACAAUCUAGGACAACAUCAAUAAUAUGGCCUGUAUUAACUUUCAAUGUAGCAAAGGAUGGCAUGGUUUAUUGGAAAGGUGUAUUUGUCUCUCUAAAUAUGGUAUUUGAAAUGCACCUACCGCAGGCAGAUCCAGAAGCUAACAAGGGGAGGCCCACAUUUCAAAUUUUGAAAAUUGAUGGCCCAUUUUUAAUAAUUGGGCCCAAAAAAGACCAAGCACAGCCGAAAAAGACCCACUAAUUGAGGCCCUACAAAACAUUUGCCCAAAAUUUUCUUCUGGGCCAACUAUGCCUCCCCUUGGAUCUGCCAGUGCCUACACAAGAGUUAGGUUAGAGAAGGUUAAUGCAAAUACAUGUAUUAAAUUCAACAGAGCUUUAAACUUAAUGCUUGUCAAAAAUUAAGUCACUGUAAUGAAUCUAAAUUAAUUAAUUUUAAUCCUAGUUAAAGCUAGUAAAAUACAAAAUUAUUUACAUAUGUGUGUAAUUUGUGUGUACAUUUUAGUCACAUUUUGAUGGUUGCACUUGCACCCAAUACUGUAGAUACACUUAAUUUGGCUACCGUUUUAAUUUGACGGAUUGGCGGAUUGAAGAAAUUCGCCAUAUUAAAAAUCUGCCAAU